AUGAGCUACCUUAUGCCUAGAGCUCUCCCUUUGAGGAGUGCGGGCCUCUAUAGGCCUGCAGUACAGACGCAAAUCAGCGCCUUCGCAUCAAGAACCGCAUUCCUCUCCACCAACCAAGCAGCAUCCAUCUCGACAAAACCCUCGUCUCGACAAAACCCCAACCAGAAGCUCAAAAUUCCCCAACAUUUGCGCCAAUUGAGUCGCGCUCCUGUACCUCCGCCAACCAAAACCCCAGAAGAGCUUGUGAGCCUUGGCUAUAUAGUGCGCCGCACACCUUCUGUCCAGCUGCCUAUAUACCGGAGGUGGCAGUCAGGCGGCACACGCCAGGUGGUCUUGAUCAAGAAGGUCGACGGAGAUCGUGUACGGCUAUUAGAGGAUCUAGUUGGUGCGCUUGGUGUCGCUAGAGAGGAUGUGCGGAUCAACCCAACAACACAGCACAUAGAACUAAAGGUAAUAAUGGAUGGAUCUUCCUUCUGGCGCCUCAGCGGCUAA